AUGUCGCCCGCGGUGCAGCAGAGUCAUUUCAAACUACUGCAGCAGUUCAAGCCAGACUACUCGCCUAGCGAGUUCACACAGUAUGAAUCCGAGCGCACUGGGAUGAGAGUGGUCGUCAUCGACCAGAAGGGUCCCAAAGUGCAGGGGUACUUUGUACUGGCCACCGAGAUCCUGGAUGAUUCGGGAGCCCCGCAUACAUUGGAGCAUCUAUGCUUCAUGGGCUCUCGGAACUACCGAUAUAAGGGCUUCUUGGACAAGCUGGCGACCCGGGUGUAUUCCAACACCAAUGCCUGGACAGCGACCGACCACACAGCCUACACGCUGGACACAGCGGGCUGGGAAGGCUUCGCACGUAUCUUACCGGUCUACCUGGAGCAUGUGAUUGCUCCAACCUUGACUGAUGAGGGUUGCUACACUGAAGUGCAUCACGUUGAUGGCUCUGGUGAUGACGCUGGUGUCGUGUAUUCCGAGAUGCAGGGAGUGCAGAACAACGCGGCCGAGUUGAUUGACCUGACAGCUCGCCGCUUGACCUACCCCCACGGUGUAGGCUUCCGGUAUGAGACUGGAGGUAUGAUGGAACAACUCCGCGUUCUCAGUGCGGAGCGCAUCCGUGAGUUCCAUCGCGAGAUGUAUCAGCCCAAGAACUUGUGCUUGAUCAUCACCGGAGAGGUGGACCAGCAAAACAUGCUGGAGAUCUUGGAUAAGUUUGAAGAUACCAUCUUGGAUGUCAUCCCAAGCCCAGAUUCACCCUUUAAACGACCCUGGGUGGAUUCUGAGCAGGCACCGCCGCUGGAGAAGUCCAUCAUCAAGACGGUGGAGUUCCCCGAGGAGGAUGAGUCUUUUGGAGAAAUAGAGAUCCGGUUUGUGGGACCGGAUUGCACUGAUCCUAUUCAAUCCGGGGCAUUGAAUGUGGCACUUUUGUAUUUGGCGGGCUCGUCUGCGUCUCUGCUGGAAAAUAUCAUUGUCGAAAAGGAGCAAAUCGCCAGCGCAGUCUACUACGCGACCGAAGACCAUCCUAGCAUUGAGAUCCGGUUCACGCUGACCAGCGUUGAAACCGAGAAGCUGGCUCAAGUGGAGCAGAGAUUCUUCGAGAUUUUGAAGGAUGCCAUGGCUAAGGACUUGGACAUGCAGUAUCUGCAAGAGUGCAUUGACCGACAGCGUCGCACCUGGAAGUUCUCGACGGAGAGCUCAGCUUCAUCGUUCGCAGAGUACGUCAUCUCUGAUUUCCUGUUCGGAAAGCGGGAUGGAUCGACCAUGCUGGAUGUUGCGUCUCUGAGGGAAUACGACGUGAUCGAGAAAUGGACUCAGGGUGAUUGGCAGGCUUUCAUCAAGAAAUGGAUCGCCGAUGCGCCCCAUGUCACUAUCUUGGGUGUGCCAUCCCAGAAGGUGUCCGAGACGUUGAAGAAAGAGGAAGAGGCUCGUGUUGCUGCACAGAAGCAGCGCCUCGGUGAAAAGGGCUUAAAGGAGCUUGCCGAUAAGCUUGAAAAGGCCAAAGCAGAGAACGAUAAGGAGAUUCCGAAAGAGAUAUUGGAAGAAUUCUGCAUCCCCGGAACGGAAUCGAUCCAUUUCAUGGAUACCACGACGGCCCGCUCCGGUACUGCACUGAAGGCCGGGCACCCUGACCAUAAGAUCCAAAAAAUCGUCGAUGCUGACGAGUCUGGACUGCCUCUUUUCAUCCACUUCGAGCACAUCCCCAGCAGCUUUGUUCAGCUGUCGGUUCUCAUCUCCGCCCAGUCCGUCCCCGUCCAGCUUCGUCCUCUGUUGUCGGUGUACACCGAAGCGUUCUUCAACAUCCCCGUCCAGCGCGAUGGCAAGACGAUUGACUUUGAACAAGUGGUCGUCGAGCUUGAAAGAGACACUGUUGGCUAUGGGCUGGAGGGAGCCCGAAGCCUCGGGAACUCGGAGAUGCUGCGCGUUUCGUUCCAGGUAGAGCUAGAGAAAUACGAGACUGCCAUCGCAUGGCUCCAAGAGCUGUCCUGGAGCUCGGUCUUUGAUGUGGACCGUCUCCGGGCCAUUACCUUGCGCCUCUUGGCCGACGUCCCGGAGUCCAAGCGCAGCGGCGACGAUAUGCUCGCCGCAGUGCAUGUGAUGGUCCACUAUGCAGAGGAGUCCAUCGUCCGGGCUCGCUGCACUCUGGUCAAGGCCCGCUACCUCAAGCGUGUCAAGCGCCUUCUUGCGGAACAGCCCGAAGUCAUCGUGGGCCGGAUGGAGGAAAUCCGCCAGUCGCUUUUCCAGCCGGAAAACAUCCGGGUGGUGGUGAUUGGCGACCUGGAGAAGCUUCCUCGACCCGUUUCGUCGUGGAAGCCAUUCGCCGAGCGCCUCGGCACCAGCGAGACUCUGAAGCCCAUCACUAGCCGCCGAGCCCUGCUGAGCGAUGCAGGCCAGACCGUGGGCGACAAGUCCUAUAUCGUGCCCAUGCCGACAGUCGACUCGUCAUUCGCCUACGCCACCGGCCGCGGUCUCGACUCGUACGACCACCCGAAGUUGCCGGCCUUGCUGGUUGCAAUCGCGUAUAUGAACGCCGUCGAGGGCCCGCUCUGGGUUGCAGUCCGCGGCACGGGAUUGGCGUACGGCACCAACUUCGCCUACAACAUCGACACGGGCUUUGUCAACUUCGAUGUGUACCGGUCUCCGAACGCGCACAAGGCGUUUGAGUCUAGCAAGCAGAUUGUCGAGGACCACUUAUCGGAUGCCACGCCGUUUGACCCGCUGAUGCUGGAGGGAGCGAUUAGUAGCAUUGUCGUCAGCUUUGCUAACGAGCAGAUGACCGCCGCCAGCGCCGCCCAGGGCAGCUUCAUUCGCCAGGUCGUGCGAAACCUGCCCGCCGACUACAAGGAGCGAAUGCUCAAGAAGGUGCGGGAUAUCAACGUCGACGAGGUCAAGGGCGCCCUGCGUGAGAUCAUCCUGCCGCUGUUUGCGCCGAAGACGGCGAACCUGGUUGUGACGUGUGCAACUGUCAUGGAGGAUACUAUCAAGCAGGGCUUCGAAGCGUCCGGGUUCACCCCGACAGUUCGACUCCUCAAGGAAUUCGAGGACGACUACGGCCUCAAGCUCGACGGGGACGAGGAAGAAGAUGAUGACGACGAUGACGAAGAGUAUGAAAGUGGCUCUGAGGAGAGCGACGAGGAUGACGAGUGA